UUCUCUCUUUCCCUUUCUCUCUGAGUUACAAGCUUUAUUUGUACUUAUCUGUACUUACCUUUCUUUCUAUAAAUCUAUAUCUAUCUGUAACUAAUUACUUUCUUUCACCAUAUCUAACCACCAAUCUGUCAAUCUUUCCUAUAUCCAUCCAUCUACCUAUCUAUCUUUCCAUCCCCUUCAGCCAAACUUGAACACCACAAAGAUAGAAAGAAAGAAAAAAGAAAAUAAUGAUAAAAAAAUAAAUAAAAAUGACAAAUCAACACAACAACUCUACGGUAUAGGCACGCCAUCUUUCAACUACCGAGCACCUAGGAGUAACAACAGGAGGAUGUGCUCGACCAUUGCCUCAGGGGGAAGCCUCGACGGAGGAGGAGGUCCUGGAGGAGGAGGAGGAGGAGGAGGAGGAGUAGGAGGAAUAGGAGGAACAGGACCAGUAGGAGGAGGAGGAGGAGAAGGAGCUAAGAGUACGAACACAACAACAACAGGAGGAGGAGGAGGAGCAGGAGGUAUCGUAGGAAGCACAACGGAUGUCAAGAUGAGGAGGUUCACGCUUCCUAAUCUCUUCUUGACCGUCGAGGGGAAGGAGAGGAAGUUGGAGGAAAUUUGCCCCGGGAUCUACGAGUAUUCAGACUCCCAGCGAAAGCGGAGGUCACCUAAGUCUCCGAGGUCACCUAAAUCCCCUAGGUCACCCAAAUCGCCCAGAUCAUCCCCCAAGUCACCGAGGAGUGUCAAGAGUUCGUCGCCCCUGAGCCCGAGGUGCCACUGCCACUGCCACAGGCACUGUCUCCACGCGAAGCCACAU